GAAAUGGAAAAUAUCAAUGUUUUAGUUUCAAUGGCGAAAACACAAAAACGACCAGAAAGAGAAUGAGAAGCAAUAAAAAAUUUGGGUCUAGCGUGUUAUUUGUUUGCUGAAACUGCAAGAGAGUUUGAUUGCAGCAAGUCUACAACGCAUGUUUUUUACAAGAACAGUAAGUUAACAAGGCCGACUAAAAUUCAAAGAAUAGUAGGCCAGGGCAGGCUGACAAUUGGUUGGGCCUAAUGGCAUCUGCAAGCUGGCGUUGUGUGCGAAGUCAAUCAAAGCUGAAUAUUUUGUCCAAUUAUUUGUGGAAAGCCCCCAAGCAAGUACAGAAACAGCUAAUGAUUCUUUGAAAAAACCAUUUAUUUUAAAGCAAGACAUUAAACCUACGUAUGUACAAUUGUGUAGUUAUGUUGCAAUUGUGACAUAAAUUUCCAAAAACAAUAACAUAAUGUCUUUCAAUAACCCCCUCAAAGUCAAAGCCUUGAUGUAACAGAAAACAACUGGUUUUCAUUAACAAAAUACAGAAAUGGAAUCUUUUAAGACCAAAAAUAAGCUCUUUUAAAAUUUUGUUGAGAUUUCCUCCUAUAUCCGAAGAUAUUUCGUUGGAAAAUUAUUUCAGUGAGUUUAAAUGCAAAUAACGGCUGCCUAGAUUCUUGGAGGUCUGACAAAAUAUAAAAAAGCAAUUGUUACUUGUUUAAAAAGUUUAGUUUUUUACAAUUUAUUAAAUUUAUGUUUAUUUUUACAAUUGGGUAAAAUUGCAAUGAAAAUUUCAACCAGCAAUCUCGUUAUGUUCCACCGAUUUUCUAUAUUAUCAUUUGAGCAAAGGAUUUAACCACAUUUUCUUCCAGGCCCUUCAGGUUUUAAAAAAAUAUGUGGUUGGUAGCCUAUACAAAUAAUCCUUUUCUAAAGCUCUUUCUAAAAUAAAUCUGUGGAGAACAAAACAUUAUCUAAAUUGAUUUAGAUAAAACACUAACAAUUCAGAAUUUUAGAAAGAUUUUGUUUGAACUUGGCAUUUGUCGUUUUACCAUUGGACUGUUACCACAGCAACGCGAAUUGCUGGGAAUCAGAUCCACCUUUAAGGUGGAUCGCUGGUUACUUCCAUGUGAUUAUAACAAAACACUCCCAGACCUGUGGUAAGGAUUUAUUCAACAAACAAGAUGCCCCCAAAGAAAGUAACGCCAAAAUCUGUUGCAAGCAAAUCACCAGGGACAGGUAAGGGAACAGCACCAUCGACAAAGUCAUCUGGCCCUUCUUCGUCCAAAGGGAAAGGCACAACAGCAAAGCAGAAAUCUUCACCAAAAAAGUCUCCAAGCAAAACUACCGUCAAGAAAACAAGCAACGACGUAGAAAAAAAAAAGCAGUCUAAAGUUUCUUGGACAAAGGAAGACAUAGCUGCAAUUAAACUGCAGAAGAAUUUCAGGAUUUUGCUUGCCAAGAAAAAAUUGGAUCAUCAAAGAGAAGCAAAAAAGCGUUAUGCAGAGGAAAUUGAACGACUAGAAAGGGAGGCAUGGCUAGAGAUUGUAAAGAGGGAAAGAGAAGAAGCAGAAAAGGAAAGAUUGAAGGAAGAAGAGCAAAGAAGACAAAUUAAAGAAGAAGCAAAGAGAAAGAAGAUAAUAUUGGAAGCAGCAUUUGACGGAGACAAAGAAAUGAUCAAUAAUGUUCUAGAAGAGGCAAAAAAGUCUGAUUUGGCCAGUCUCAAAGUAACUGGUCCUGUUUUGGAGUUGAAAAUUCUGAGGCACCAGAUGGCACUGAUAGAUUGUGAGGAUGCUAAUGGUAAUACCCCAUUGUCAGAGGCUGCUGCAGGGGGUGAUGAGGAAUCAAUUGAAUUUCUAAUAAACAAAGGAGCAGCUGUAAACACAAGGGGAGCCUUUAGAAGAACACCAUUGUACAGAGCUGCUUUUGGUGGACAUUUGGCAGCGGUGCAGAUUUUGCUUGAAAAUGGGGCUGAUGGUCGCUUGUGUGCUGAUGAUGGAAAUUCUCCUGAACAGAUUGCUGCAUCACCCCACGUGGCAGAGUUGAUUUCUAGUUGGGAUAUCAAAGAAACUGAAAGACUGAUGGCAAGAAAUGAGAAGAGGAAGCAAGAGAGGCUUAAGAUUGAGCAGGAGCAUCUGGAAAAGCAAACCAAAAUGCUUUCUCACGAGAUUGCAGAAGUAGAAAAGCUGUACAAAGUGAAGCAGAGGCAGUUGCAGAAGGCCUACGAAGAACUCAACAAAAGAAUUUUCGAGCACGAUAAAUGUGCUUUGCUCGAUGCGUCAAAGAAGGAAGUCACCCUCCAGGCAGUUCACGAUGGAGAGGAAGACCUAGAAAAGGCAAAGAGAGAAGAAAAAGAAGCACGCGAAAAACUAUCAAUUUUAAAACUACAAUUGAGAGAGGAAACAAGCCAUGCCAAAGACCAAACAGAUUUAUUUGCGAUCAAAGGCGUUAAAUGCAACUUGAAGGAACUGGACGAUGUUCUGAUGAGAGAUGUUGGCGAUAAAAUUAAAAAUGAUGCAAGAUGGCCACUUAUUGUUGAUCCAUCAAAUCAGACUUCAGUGUUUCUAAGAUACAGAGAUACCAACUACAUAAAUGCGCUGAACAUGAAAGAAAUGGAGCCUGAUUAUAUCAGGAAAGCGCUGCUUGGAGCUUUAAGGUAUGGCAAGUUUUUAGUCAUUGACAUGAUGCAAAUUGAUAUGCUAGAAGUCAUAGAAAGCCGCAUUGAAGAAAUCGAGAAAGGCUUGUAUAAAAUCUUGAUUGACAAACAACUUUUAAAGAACGACAGGUUUCUUUCACUGGUUCGUCCAAGCGAUGGUUCAGAUUACAAGAAGGAAAAAUUUGCCAUUAGCAGAAUAGACUGCUUCAAACUUGUUUUUGUAACCAGCAUGUGGCAACCACCAGAACAUUGGCUAGACAUAUUCUACUCCAUUAAAGUUGUUGUUUCUUCGUCAUAAUCAUGCCUUGAAUGUGAAUUUCAUCAUCAUCCUCAUAUUUUCUAUAGUUAAGCGAUUACUGGGGUAUUUUUUUCUUUUGACCAAAAGGAUAUUAUGAGUCAACAACGUAGCUGUAGAUGUCGGCUAUAGUGGGCAAACUCGAGCAAGAACCAUACCUGAGGGGGGCAAGCAAGAAAACAGAUAUAUAACAAACAGAUUUAUUUGGAUUAAAUUAAGGUCACGGAAUUAUAAUUAUGCCAAAUUUCAAAAUUAUCAUUCGGAAAAACUGUACCCAGAGGGGGCAAGUCAUUGUCAAAAUUUUCAUUUGGGGGGUCACAGCUCUCCCGUGCUCCCCCUGCUUCCUCUGCAGCUACGUGGCUGUUAUGAGUUCUUCUUCGUGGUACCAAACCAUAUUUUAGAAUUUUAGAGACGCUUGUUCGAUUUUUUGCCUUUAUGAUUUGUUUUAGAAAAACCUGUUGCGAAGUAGUUUUGAAAGGGGAAUGAUCGAGGGUUUAUUUUUUCAAAACGAAGUCCUUUUCAGUUACCUAAAAUGAUCAUUCUUACCCUUUCUGCUCUUUAAAAUUAGAGAUUGGAAUGUACUUCUGUUUUUAGAAGAAACAAUUAGAAUUAUGAAUCCAACGAGUAGUUUUAUUCUAGAAAGAGGAUUUUAAUAGCAGUCUUGGAUGCAGCCCUUGAUAGCUAGAAAUAUUGUUAAUAUGGAAGGAUAAUAUUCUCCCUUAUUAUAUAUUAUAUCCGCUACAAAUCAGAUUAGUGCAAGAUUCACUUAUUAAAUGUUCUUCUUAGGUACGAAUCAUAAUAAAACACGAAUUAUUAAUCAAUCAUUUUUUGUUAAACACAAAAUUAAAAUGAAUAGCGAAGAGGUACUGGAAUAGUUUUAAAUUUUGUGACAUGAGAAGUUGUCAGUAAACAAAAGGUAUGAAGUGCCACAAGAAAAUUGUGCUAUGUAGUUAGAUGGAAAAAGCUUCCAUGAUGGGAUCUCCUUCCCAUUGAUCUUUGCAAUAUUUUUUCUUUUUUAACGUGGAAAGACCCUACGUACUGUGUGAAGUAUUGCUUGUUUUCCAUCCAUUUGAAAUUAUAGACAGAUUAGAUGAAGAUGUGAAAGAUGAA